AUGGUAACAGUUGAUUUAAAUAACGAGGAUGAGAGCACAUUAUUGAAGGCUAUAGAGAAUAAGCCUGCUUCACCUCUCCUUGACUUUACAGAUGAAAAUGGAACAAUUCAUAUCAUUGAUGAUAUGGAUACAAAGGAAGAUACAGAAUUGGCUAGAGCUAUCCAAAUUUCUCUUGAUCAAGACAAGGCUUCAAAUAAUAAUAAUACCAAUUCAACAAAUGUACCUUCAAACCCAGAUGAGUUAAUUUUAAGAACUACUUGGACUCCACAGGGAGAUCAAGAGAAAUUUCCAAGUGGUGUAGGCUUGAAGAAUAUUGGAAAUACUUGUUAUGUAAAUGCAUUGUUGCAAUCAUAUUUCAUGAUACCCUCUGUUUUGAAAAGUAUCAUGAAAACAAAACCAUCAGCUCAAAAACCCAAUUCUUCUCCAGAAGAUGUACAAAUGACAGAAGCAAAUCAAACACAGGAUGCUUCAUUGGCCCACUUAGAUGAAGAAUCUAGUAUUGAGUUUUUACAGAGUCUACAAAAAUUAUUUGCAAGCAUGUUACUUUCAAAUACAAAUUUUGUGGAUCCCUCACCAGUCAUGCAAAAAUUGAAAGAUGCUGAAAAUAAGCCAUACAAAAUUGGUGAAAUGCAAGAUUUACCAGAGUUUAACAGUUUAUUCCUCUCUAGAUUAGAGAAAGGAAUGGAAACCCUACAUAAGGAAUCCAGAGAAAAUAUUUCAGCAAAAUUCAAAGAACUUUUCUAUGGAAAAACAGCUGUGUUUGUUGAAGCUGAGGAGUUGGACCAUACCAAGAUUGAAAAAAAGACCAUCGAUACAUUCAACCAUCUUAUCCUUCCAAUAUCUCAAGAUACACGAAACUAUAUGGAUGCCUUUGAAUUGUGCAUGAAGGACGACAUGAUUGAAUAUACCACAGAUAAGAGUCACAAGACAAAGGCUCGUAAGACCAUGUGGUUUGAUGGAAAGGAUUCUGUUCCUCCAGUUUUAUUUUUACAAACAUCUAGAGCUGUUUAUGGUACCAAUACUUUGACCAAAAUUCAAAAUUCAAUUGAUUUGCCUUUUGAUCUUAAUUUAGGACCAUAUCUUCUUCAUAAUAAGGAAAUAACAGAAGGUAUCAGAUCCAAAUUGAAAGUACUGAAUCAAGAACUUGAACAUGUUGACAGACGUCUUAAAUCAUUCUUGGAGUCUUAUGAAAAUAGAGACUUUGGAUUAAUUCAAGCUUUUGAAGUGUGCUCAAAUAGGUUAUUUGAAAUAAGGCAUGAAUAUGAAGAACAAUUAUCUUCCUCAAAUGCAAACAACAUUGAUCAUUUUUCAAUUGCUAUUCAAGUUUUACAACAACAACAAGAAAAUAUGACAAGAAGAGUCUCUGAAUUGAAAGAAAAGAGAGAUUCAUUACUCAACCAAAUAGAAAAAGUUUGGGAGGUUCAAUAUCCUCAAGAAUUAACAUACAAUCUUUAUUCAAUAAUUAUGCAUUCAGGAUCAAGUGCCUUAGGUGGACAUUACUGGAGUUAUAUCAAAUAUCAAGGAGAUGAUGAUACUUGGUUUAAGUUUAACGAUACAAUAGUCACCACUUUAACAAAAGAAGAUGUGAUCAGAGAAGCUUUCAAAACCAAGAGUAAUUCUGCAUACUGUUUAAUUUAUAUUGAUCCAAGCAAAACUGGCAAGUUUGAUGCAUCUUUCAAAGAUGAAAUAGUCACAGAAGUACCUCAACAAGUACUCGCAGAAAUUGAAAGGAAAAACCAUGAUAUUUUAAGAAAAUUCAAACCUGAAAUUCUACAGGAAAUGAAGAAGAAUUUUUCAGUCAAAGAUUUAUUGAAAGAUGAUAUGACCAACAGAAUACAUUUAGCAAGAAGCGAUUUGCAAAAUUCAUCUUUAGAGCAUGAUUACAAGUUGAGAAACUUCCUUUCCUUCCUUCAAUGCAUUAUAAAUGCAGCUUCUUCUGAGGCUGCUAAAAACGAGCUCAAUGCUAUAUUUUGCGCUCACAUUGUAAAUGAAGGUCAGAGGCUGUAUUUGGUGAAUCAUUUUCAAAGAAUCCUGAACAUCAAAAAAUAG